AUGGACCAAAUCCUUGGCAUAAUUGAAGAUGUGCAUGCAGAGGGGCAGACAAAACAACGAGACCAGGUUGGAACGACUGAGAAACGGCAAAAACGCAGCCUCGACAACAUCGGUCUCGGACCUGGAUCUGCCAAGAAACCUCGAGCCAAAAGCAAGCUGUCGAAGAACCAGGUUUUCCAUGAUCAGCAAUCGCGAGCUUAUAAUGCCAGUGGACGGGCCAGGAAUCAAGAUUUCCAUAUGCCCUUGCAUGAGUUCGGUCUAGAUCGUCAGCCCGUUGGAGGCAGAGGCCAGUGGAGAGUAUGGUCGUCUCCUGCUGUUCUUCGAGCGGCUUUCAGUUCUGAAAAAUCCACUUGUCGCCAGAUUAAGGAUUCCAUUGAAGGAGCUGGUCGCAGAAACAGUUCUGGUAGUCGUUAUGUUGUGGCAGAAGCUAUCCUGCAUGGCCAAGCCGUAGGUAUCCAGAAGCUGCAGAAGCCGGUCUCAGAAGAUGCAGAGCCGACGAAAUUGGCAUAUGCCAUUCGUAAUAUCAUGUUUGACGAGUCUACUUUCGACUUGUUGAUGAAUGGUGUAUCGGCUUCGUAUUCCGUACUUUGUUCUCAUGGUCAAUUGACGUACCGUCUUGAGGACGAGGAUUUGGUCCACGAUGAACAUAUAUUCAGGUCCCCUGCAGUUCUCAGCCCAGUGAUGAAUUCGGCCACGAUGCAUGCAGCUUUGAGUGCCGGCCCUGGGGGAUUUGCACAGGUCUUCGAAGGCAAGUAUUUGGCUACUUUGACCAUAUCGGAUGCUCAUGCUGCCAAUAUUCGCUUACUGAGAUUCGUUGACCAACAGCUAUGUGAUGAUCAGAAUCAUUUCUUCUUGCCAUCCCUAUGCCUGCAACACAGAGUGGGUAACAUAGUGGAGCAAUUGACGAAAUUUCUGGGAAACUUGGGUGGUAAUUUUUCCAUUGCGAAGGUAUUGAAUAAGGGCAAUCUGUUGAAGGAUCUUCGGGCAAAAGCUGAUGGUCACAUUGCCCGUACAUUGCGAGUCUUGAAGGAAACCCCUGCAGCAUUGACAGAGGAGUGGUCUCAAGCCCAACAAGAAGCCCGGGAUUUGAUCCAGUUGUGUAUGAGCUAUAACGAUACCACGGAUCCUAUCCGCUCAGGGACUCAGCGGGAAGCCUUCCAGCGGCUUGCCGACUUCUUCAACGGACCUUGGCCCCUUCAGGAGCUACUGCACUUCGAGAGCGAUCACGAAGGGCAGCAGCGGAUGUGCUGGCAGGCUUACAACUCAAGGCACCCUAUGCACUGCGUGCUGGAAUUGCCCAAUGGUGCCCAGUGCUGGUUGGGAGGAAUCGGAGCGAGUGGGGAUGUGCAGGUGCUUAUUGCCAACGGAAUCGGAGCGAUCUUGGCAGCAGCGUCCCACCCUCCGGUGAUAAGGGAUUCCAGAAUUGACUUUCUGGGAAAUCUGGACGGCACAGGCGUGGUUCAUGGAGACAUCGACCAGGGCCUGGUUAUCAACAUGUUCCAGCGGAUCAUGAAACUUUUGUCGUCUGGGAUGAAGGUGCUUAUAUCCUGCAAGAACGGGGCUCAUAGGAGCAGCUUCCUAAUGGCCCUGCUCAUCAUCUUCUUGACGGGCGAGCCCUCGGAAGUGGUGUACUCGCACUUAAACAGUCUACGGGCCAUCGUUGACCUGAGCACCACGGCCCCAGAGUCGCGACACACGCAUGGUCGCAAGAAUGUCAGACCAAUCGAUGCCCUGGGCAAGAUGCAGCAAAUCUUCGCCGAAGAGGGCUAUCGGUCUCUGACCAGGCUCACCAGGCCAGCGCAGCACGCCCUGGGCUUCGACCAAGUGGCUCGCAGUCGCGAGAGUACGGAAUGGACCGAUGCCGGUGCCUACGUCUCUGCUCGUGGCCGUGGCGGUGCUCUUCCGAGCCUUCCCUUCAAGCGAGAUGCCGAGGCAAUGUCCGCAGAGUCCGGAGCUUCAGAAAGCGAGGCGGCCGUGGGGGCCUGGAUUCAAGUGUCGCUAUCGGAGUCGGAUGCUGGAGCAGAGACGAGCGAGGCCGAACCCAGGACUCCGAAAGAGCGGUCUCCGACCGGGCCAUCGACUCGGCUCCUUCCAACACCGAAGACCAAAGCGGGCAAGAUUGUGGAGCCUGCUCCGACCGAGCCGGCCUAUCUCCCUCCGACACCCAAGACCAAAGCGAGCAAGCCUCAGGAGACCCAGGAGCAGCAGGAGCAGGAGACUCAGGAGGAGACUCAGCCUGAUCCCUCACAGCGGUCUCCGACCGGGCCGUCGACACCUCGUGCAGGAUUCGAUGCAGAGGACUUCGCCACGCUCAACAAACUGAUGAACAACCUCAAGGAGCUGGAUGAGAAGUUGAAAGGCGAUGAUACAGCGGCGGCCGAGCAGGAGGAGGAGGAGGACACUCCAGAUUGGGGUGAUGCUGACGAUCCCUCCGGCGUCUCGCCUGGCGGUGCCCAAGAAGAGCUUCCCCAGCCAGAGCCAUCAAACAGAGAAGAGUUUCGUCGCUUGAUGGAGCUGUUGGAAGAGCAACAGCGUCAUUUGAUCAGUCUCAUGGCGCAGAGGGAGGCUGAAAGUCAAGAUGCACAGGCCAGGCAGGAAACCGCGGGUAUGGGGCUCAUCGAGGCGAUUUUCAAUCAGGAGGAAGACUUGGCUUUGGCCCUGAUCAAGUCGUUGCGGCCAGGUUCAAUUGAGAAUAUGGCGGAUCCGGCUGGCAUGACGCCCCUGCAUUGGGCGGUCCGCACUCAGAGCCUGUCCAUCCUGUGGGCAAUCCUGGAGAAAACGCCAGGAUUGGCAGACCGCCCUACAAGCAUAGGGCGGCUGCCGCCGCACUGGACACCACUGAUGGUGCUUGCAGACCAAGGCAAAAAUCAAAAUCCGGUGCACGUGCAGAUGGCUUCGGCGCUAGUAAGGCACAUGUCAAUCAAUGGGCUGCAGUGUCGCGGUGGUACACUGGCAACGGUGUCCCACCUGGCCGCUGCCCGCGGACACAUUCACAUCUUGAAGAAGGUCCUCUGGCGGCUCAAUGACCUGGGCCAGCACAAGCUCGUCAUGAGCCACCUAGAGAUGGCCAACAGCGUGGCCGAAGCGAGAGUCAAGGCGUCAUCUCUGGUUUCUGAGUGCUUACUUCGACCUGUUGUUGUCCCGGCCUUGAACAAGUGGACGAAGGUCUUUCCGUGCAUCGGCGCGUGUGUGCUUCUCGGGUCUUUCAGUGAUGUGGCCCAGUCUAUUUUUCGGGAGAGAUUUGGAGAUCGAGAGGUGCAUUCGCUCUCCGAGCUGGAUAGUUCCGAUGAUGCAGAUGAUGAGGCCCUGCAUGUUCCAAUCAAUGAAGUCAAGCGAUGGAUCAAGCUAGCAAAAAAACGCAAUGCAAAAGCAACCAGUUUCCUUUGUGAUGGGCAAGCACGAUUCCUGAAUAUGUUGUGGGUUCUUGUUGCAGCUCCGUGCAUGAAGCUCCAUUGGAUUCUCUUCAAGACAGCCACGUGGUAUUCAGAUCGAGGCCGAAAGCAGCCGGGUCCAACAGCCAGCGACGUACAAGAGCAAAUCUUGACAGUAGGGCAAUUUUGUGUUCCAUCCAAGAACCCCGGCAAGAAAGUGAUGAAGGAACUUCAAUUCCAGCUGGAGGACCCAAGUUCGGCUUUCAGGUUGCUGUGUUUCUUCUUCGGCGAGUUCGAAGAUUGGCCUCAGGCCCGGAAGCGAAUUGCUUUGAGAAGUAUAUUGCUCACUAUUGGUCAGUUGGCAAGAAAAGUGAUCGAGCCUUUCCUCUCCUAUCCAUGGAAGCUGUAUGAACUAUCGCUCCCCGACAUAGAUCUGGACUAUCAGAAAAGACUACUUCGAGAACUAUGCAAUGCCCCCGCCUGCUGUUUGGAUGCUGGCUUCAGUGGCAAGUUGAAGGCUUUGGUCGUGAGAGAAGGAGCGGUAGAGCAAGGCUUGUCCACUGAGUUGAGAGAGUUCAUGUUCGUCGUGUUUGAAAGAGUGGUACUGACAUCAACCUUUGUGGAGAGAAGGUUUGCUCAUUUCAAUCAUUGGACAGAUGUCAAGGGGAAGGGAGUCUCUUUGGCUCUUCUGGCAGCAAAGCACAUCACCAGGGUUUUCCAAGAUGCUGUGGAGGUUUGGAAACAUCGUAUCCAGGCACCUCGCUCUCAGAGCUGGUCUCGUCGUCCUUCCUGGUGUCGUAAAUCUGACACAGUAGCACGACAGAAUGGCAUGCAUCUAUUUGCUCAAGACAGACGUCAGUCCAUGAGUGGUUCUUGUCGUGGAAGCCAGGCAUCAAGGCAGUUCCUGGAAGAAUCACAGGAGGCGUGGAAGUUGCUGAGCGAUGAAGAGAAGAAAUCGUGGGGCGAGCGAGCUCGGCAGAGCAAUGCUCGUAAAGCAGCUCUGCAAAUGGCGGCUGCUGCAAAACGGCCGCCCGAUGUCCCUGGCGGGCCUUGGAAGUUAUCUCAGCCCUCGGCACAGUGGCCGUUGUCUGAGAAAUUUCUCACCGAUUUUCGGGCCCAGCACACGUUUGCCUCGGCUCAGAAUCGAUGGUGUCAGGUCUUUGGACCUUUGGAUCAGGUCAGGGAGAUCGAUAUCGCCGUUCGUGAUGAUCGAACUUUGUUCCAAGCUUGUCCGCAUGCAAGUUGUGUUGCGGAUUGUUCUGAAGAGGAGACCGUUGUGUUCGGCCGCUUGCACACGUGCUUGUCCGUGCUGAUCAAGAGAUUCGACCCAGCAAAGAAAAACAUCAGUGCCUUGCCCCUGACGCUUCUUUUUGAAUGCAAGGACCAGAAAGAUAGUGCUAUCUUUAUGCUUGCAUUUCGCACGUACAUGCAAAAUGUCGAUGCAAUAUUUCUGGAACUGGACUCGGACAAAGAUCUCACAGUGGAUUCGAGCCCUCCGUUCACUCUCAAGUUCAAGAAAGAGAGACUCACUGGUAGCAUCAUUUGGAACAAUGACCUAUCCGUUUGCAAAUCUUUGGCAACCAGAAGUCGGACAUGGGAUAUAUCUCGUUUGACUUUGGGGGAUUUGCAACACGACCUGUCUUCUUUUCUGGUUUGUGACAAGCUACCUCAUGAUUUGCAAGAUCUGCUGUCUGAAGCAGCACAGCUCAAGGAACAAGAGCGUGCACUCAGGGCUGUGCGAUUGCUGCAGAGAGCACAGAGGAUGAUGUUUGGGGACUUGAACAAGCGGAGACUCCAGGCCCAGAUAUGGAAAGGCCCUCGAGUUCAGCAGGUCAUGUAUCUUCAUCCGCUGUCUCAGCUGGAAGAAGUGCGGGAGGCGAUUUUCGCGGAGGGCAAGAACGAGGAGGAAAUGGAUAUCGAGGUCGCAGCCUACCUCAGUUAA